GUUUUGAAAAUACAGUGAAUCCUUCGAAUCUGGAUGGCAAUAAUGAAUGUCUUAUGAAAACUUCAGGAGAAUAUUUCCAAGAGCAAACUGGCGAUUUUUCAAAUAAUUACAUGCAAUCCGUAGAACAGGAAACGUCCUUUGUUUAUUUCAACGAUAAUGAAUUCUUAGAAUGA